ACUUUUGUUGUCUAUUCUUCAUUCUUUCUUUUCAGUUUCUUUCAAUCUAAUCUUUGAUGUGCUCACGCAUAUUGCUAUAUAUACAUGUAAGUGUAUGUGAUCGGAUCAAAAGAUCCGAUUUAAUAAGAUCGCAUUUCUUUCAACUCUCCUUAGGUAUAUUUGUGAGAAAGUAUAUAUGUGAGGUGAACUAUCGCUUUGUACAGUUUAGAUACUUAAAUUGUAUUGAGCUUGCAUAUUUGUACGAGGUGAAAUUUCACUGCAGUGUUAUAUAGUGUGUAAUAUAGUACGUGUAGAUGUUUCUAAUGCUCCAUUUUCUAACGUUUUACUUUUUACAAGCCGAUUCCAUGAAGUCCGUCCCUUACCAAGAAAAGAUAACUCUUCCCGGGACCUAGUACCCUUCAUGAUCUUUAUGUCCUGCAGAAUUUGCAAAACUUGUCUGGUUCUUACGGAAUACGUAGGUUUUCUUGGUAGCAUUUUGAGCCAUUUCUCCAUUUUUCCCUUUUAUGAACUGCGUAAAAAUUAAAACGGGCUCAUAGUUUCUUUUCGAAUUGAAGGGGGGGUGGUGUCUAAGAACAACAAAACAUAAAACAUUUUACCCAAACUUUGGAGGAGGAGGGGGUGACUAUAAGUAAACAUUUUCCCGCCAAAAUUCAAAAUUAUAUGCGUAUCUUCUAUUACUACAUGGGUUCAAUUCUUCAUCAUUCGUCCUCAAAGAGAGAGAGAGAGGUGGGGGGGGGGGUUAAAAAGCCUAACUUUGUAUGUAUAAAAAUAACGGAAUAUUAACUUUGUCAAAAAUAGGAGGUCAGAUUGGAGGUUGAAUAUUAUUCCAAUAUAUAGGCCUACUUUUCCUUGUAUAGCCUUGAUACAAGGCUAAAUGUAACAAACCUAGCUUGUCUUGUGAAACGUGGUGUAAUACACUCAAACAAUUUGGUAAACAAGAUUCUGUAGAGAGAAAUAUUUAUCAGUAUUUCGUAAUCCUAAUGUUUUGCAAUGUUUCACAAAUUAUAGAUCAUUCUAAUGUUUUCAUGAGGUUGUUUAUGUGAUGAAAGAACCCAUAAAAUCGAUAUUAGUAAGUACAAGAAGCAUCGUUUUAUUGAUUAAUUACGAGUUUGAAUUUGGCUCGUAAGUAUUUAAAAUUGGCCCGAGAAUUUCCAGUUUACGUAAUGGCGCCGGUUCUGACGUUUUCCUGGCAAGGUAAAUAUCAAAAUCAUUAAAAAAAAAAAAAAAAAAAAGCCAAGAAAACGUCAGAUAUUUCGGACUACCCCCACUGGUAUGCCCCCAAAAUUGGAAAUAAAUUACUUCUACAUGUAUCAUUAUGAUGUAUAUAUAAUAUAUUUUCAAGGCCAAAAAAAUAUCGAUAUUAUUAUGGUGUUUAAAUCUAAAAUGCAUAUAUAUUCUGAUCUCCUAUCUGGUUUCUAUAGGUCUAACAGCCUACCUCCCGGAUAUAGGCCAACCACGGUUCUGUGCUCACGUGACUGAAAGUUUGUGACCGUCUGUGUUCACGUGACUGAAAGUUUGUUGAAACAAUUUUGUUUGAAAAGAAGUGGUAGAAAUGGUGAAAGGUUCAGUCCCGAUGCGAGUUCGGAGGCGACAAUCUGAUGCCAAAUGGAGGGCGAGUGUAGCUUCGUGUUAUGACACUCUUAAAACUAUCAUCCCCGACAACGAGAAAAUGUCAAGGAGAAAAAUAUCCAAGGCCUACAUAUUGCAAGAAACUGAGAAACACAUACAGAAUCUAGAGAGGAAUCUCCAAGAAAUUCUGGACCAGAAAGUUAAACUAACAAAUAAAGUGGUGCUGUAUAAAACAGAGCAGGGUUUGGUGGAGGCCAAUUUAACAGACCUGAGGGACAACUUCUCCUUCAAACAACAGGAGCUCUAUCUGCAGAAUUAUGUCCCGCGUAAGAGGAGUCGUUGUAAUGUGCCGUCAGACAUGGAGUCUGGUUUGAUUAACCUCAGGUCGUCGCUCUCUGAUCUAAUGGUGUUACCAGCGGAGUGUCUCAACACUGAACUUCUACCGGUCGAUGUGACUCAGAUGGAGACAGAUGCAAAGCCACCAACCACGUCACCACCUGAAGAGACCAUUUCUAACCCGACACUACUGGAGCCGCCAACCCCGGGGAAUCUGGAGGCACCACACCAAACAGUCGGAAUGUCACAGAAAUUUGGGACCUCAGCUAACUCUACUGUGGAGAAGCUUAGCAGUAAUGAACUAGUACUGUAUCCCAGUGUCCCAGGAGAACAGCACACCACGGGAUUUCUCAGAGGAGUGGAUCAUGAACUCCCUCAUCACUACUACAUGACUACACCAAUCAAGCUCCCCAAGGACAGUGCAGUUCCUGUUCACCAGACCAUGACAGAACACUUUGUAAGCCCUGCCCCAGGAAUACGGACAUUUUGUGGGCUCUCCAUGGACAGAACUCCAUCUACAGAGAGGAAGUCCAAGUUACCAUCAAAAAAGGUUAUCAGAAAAAUGCAAUUUGACAGCAAGGGACUGACACCAGUGAAGUUUGACAGCAGAGGAUUUACACCUGUAAAGUUUGACAGCAGAGGAUUUACACCUGUAAAGCUACCUGAGCCAGAGGAUCAAAGUGUUCCAGAGUCUCCGUUCACCCUGAUAUCAGGAUAUUUUUUACAGAAGCUUUGUGAUGAAGAAGAAGAGCUGAGCCUGUCAGAUUUACUUUGUACAGAGAGUAUAGAGCAGCUAGACAUCGAGGAUGAGGAAGACAUCCCACAGCAGAACCAGAGUACUCCAAAUCACAGAAAAGGAAGAAUGCAGCAGAAAAACAGAGAGGAGAAAUGUCGGGGUCGUAGCAGAAGUGUGUCUGAGGACAAACGAGAGACAAAGCAGAAGAGAUGUAGACGUCAGUUGGAGAGGAGUUUUCAUGAGGACAAAAAAGUUGAAAGUGCUUGUUCUCAUGAUGGAGGUUCUGAGAAGGCUAAUGAAGGAUACACAAAGAAUCAUCUUUUGGAUCAGAAUAUGUUUUCUAUUGCCACUGAUGAACCACCUCAGGUUUGGAAUCAAAUGAUGGAAUGUGAACCAGAGACCUAUGUUGACGUUGCAGCACUGUUAAACAACCAAUCAGAUGCAAGUUAUUGGAGCAGUCAGGUGAACUUCAGCCAAUCACAAGACGCACAGGAAAUAAAUCAGGUGGUGCCAGGAUCUUCUGUCUGUAACCAUGGUAACGUGGUAUCCAAGUUGCUCUCUGUCCAGACAGAAGACUGUCCCUACAAAUCUAAGGUGGAGCACGACCUUGGAGAUCAGGGAUACUUUACCAUUACCAAGGACCUGGCUACAGAUGGACCGUACAUCACUGGAGCCGAGGACUCGUACAUCACUGGGGCCGAAGAAUCUGUCUGGGAGUCUCAGGUGGUGCCAGAUUUCAACUUUCUACCGCAGCAAAAUUCCCAAGUGGUGCCGGAGUUCAAAUUUCUUCCACACGAUGACCAACAAAUUCUGCCUUAGUUGAUGAUCAUGAAACACAGUGUAGUGAGACUUACUCGGGAAAAUGAAAGAGGUUAUUCCCAUAUCAUUAUCAAUGUAGGAUGAAUCGAAACUUCUGGAACAAUGUGCAGUGAACAACAUUUAGAGUAAUGUAAAACUGUAUGGCACUGAAAAUUGGUGUCAUAUGAAACAUUUAACCACGAAGAGACUGCACAGAAACAUGUAAUGUGAAAAAAUGUGUGGAGUUAGAUUUGGAGUAUAGAAAUUGUAUUUCUAGAAAGGAGAAAAAUUUCUAGAGUGAAAUCAUUUUUAAUUUAUUAUCUAAAAAUAAGUAAUAUUUAUUCUUUGAUAUAUUUUAUGCAUUGUAGUUUAUCAUAUUCAACCCCCCCUCCCCUUCCCCCAAGUAACCGAGACAUGUUCUACUUCGACCACAAUGACAGGCAUUUGACUUUUACAGUAUGUCACAUUUAUUAAAAAUCAUGAACCUACAGUAAAAAAAUUGAGUUUGGAACUGUGAUAAGAUAUGAUUUUUAGGUCACCUGAGUCACUCUGGUGAACCUAUUACUAUUGGUCUUUGUCCGUUGUCUUUCGUUUAACAAUUGAACAUUUGAUAAGUACCAUUCAGAUUCUUUUCAAAUUUGAUAUAAAGCAUUUUUUGGACAAGAGGGACCUAAAUAGUAAAUAUCAGGACUCCUGCACCCCUGGGGCCUUAAAGUAAAUAUGAGGCAAAAAAUGACAAAAAUUUACUAAUUUUCAAAAAUCUUUUUCUCUACAACAUCUGAAA